CAGCGUUGACGCAUCGUCCUUGUUUUUGUCCUGCAACGGUUUCUUCAUUUCUUUCUCCCUUAUAAGAAAAAGUUAGAAUUUAAAAACGGUUUCUCCGGCGCAAUUUGAAACCCGCAUCAAGUAUACGCAACGUAUGCCCAGUGAGCAUCGCGUGCCUCCGUCGCUAAUUCCACGCUCUAAUGAAGUUAUUGGGUGCGUGAUUCCUGCUCUAAUCUCUGGUCAGGCCAUCAGCAGAAGGAUCAAAAGAAGGCGCUCCGGAACUUGAGGGUUAAUUGAAAACUCGCCUCAGCCGCCAACAAAAAAAACUGAAACUCAAUCUCCCCGCGGGGAUUGACUUUAUUUUGCGCCGAGGUUUCGAAAAUCGGAAGUCGCCAUGAAGUUGGUCGUGUAUCUCUAUUUAUCCAUGAUUGUGCUGGGCGUACAGGCCUGGCCCAGUGUGAAGCGUUCCUUUGAGCUUUUCCCCAACCCUGCGGUGCCGCACAAUGUGCACACGGUCUCAGAUUGCAUGCAUGUGGCCUCCGAGGCAGGUGACUACAUCUUCAAGAAGCUCAACCCCCUCAGUUCGGCCCUCAAUCGGGAGGCAGCUCUGCUCGAACUGGAGGCGGCGGUGGUUCCGGGGGAAGGAACAGGAGGAGGAACAGGAGCAGCCGGUGGAACUGGGACAGCAGAUGUCCAGGAACUGCAGCCCGAGGUCUGUGGGCUUUAUGUGAUUGGGGAGCCAGACACGAUUGUCGAGAUUACAAUGAAACACUACGAUGCGAACUGCGAGACAGGAGCCCUAAUGGCGUUUGUUGAUGGCUGGGAGCUGAAUGGCGAGUACUUUCCGGGUAUUAAGGAUCACCAUCGACCGCUGGAGGAGCGUGUUUACGAGUUCUGCAACAAUUACAGGCAGUGGCCGCGAGUGAGUAACAAGAAGUUCUUCCGUUCGAGUCAGAAUGCCGCUUUGCUCCAGUACCGCAUUCCCGUGAGAGGCUCCUUUGUGGCCAAUGUGCGAUUCCACAAGAUCACGCAACCCUGUAAUAUUUUGGUCCAGGAAACGGCUGCCAUGUACAAGAUGACCAACUUUGGCCAGGCUCGCAACUGCACCAUCUCGGCGCUCUUUCCUGCGGUGGUUUCCCUGGCCAGUUUGCGUAUAGGCGGCAAGAGUGUGAGGGCCCAGACCAAGGUUAACUACGAUUGUCAAAUGCCCAGUGAUCGAUUAGAGAUCGGCGGAUCCUCGGGUCUGGAUCCCAUUGGCAUGGAGCAGGCCAGUGCCGUGUGUGGAGCCUCCAGUGACUUGGGUCCCGAACAGGCCAUCUUCUGUGGCGUGAGCACCGUGAGAUUGGUGUCCUCGGGGAGAUUCCAGAACCAGGCGGCCAUUGUCCUGCGAAAGGCCGAUGUGCAGGAUAUGGAAAUUGCCACGCUCAUCUGUGCGCUUUAAGCUCUGAAGAGUCGAAGAGUCGUGAAGCCCAAGGACCCUGUCCAAAAAAAAUAUGUACAUGUUUGUAAAAAAAAAACAAGAGAGUGGAAAACAAAGAAUCCUGAUCAGCGGACAACACCUCCCCGGAAUUCCA